AUGUCAUCAAACACCACCUGCAAUGACCACAAUUCACCUGCCUUUCAUGAUUAUACGAACACCGGAUACGACUUACCUGAACUGACACUUAAAAAUUUUGAUACCUUUUUAAAGGACAGGAUACCUGACUCCGCUAAGGGAUUGGAUGGAUUAUCCUACCACAUGAUUAAUAAUGUGCAAGAGACUGAAAAGGAUGCACUCUUCCGAUUAUUGAAAAAUAUUUGGAUUGAGGGGAAAAUACCGGAGGAUAGGAGGCACAUUAAAAUCGUACCAAUAUUGAAGCCCAAUAAAGACCCAUCUACAACGGAGAGCAAACCAAUGUACUACAUGGAAGCGCUUUUGGGUCAGUUUUCCAGUAAAAGUUCUGUAAAAAUAUGGGCAGCCUGCCCAGUAUUUUUGGGUGUGGGCAUCGGACAAUCAUUCGCGACGCUAGCAGUUUUAACAUAUUACUCAGCCUUGAUAGCUCUUACUGUUUAUUAUUUUAUUGCAUCAUUUCAAUCGCCAUUACCGUGGGCACUUUGUAGGGAUGAAUGGGGAGCAAAUUGCGUAAGCUCCAGUGUUUUAAAUAAUGAAGAUAACAAUCAGACCGAAAGGUUGCAAAGCAGUUCUGAGCUGUAUUUCAGUAAAACUGUGCUUAGAGAACUUGAGGACAUAUCCGACGGCAUUGGAGUACCUAGUUGGCGGCUAACAUUAACUCUCUUGUUUGCUUGGAUCGUCACUUAUUUCAUUAUCAUUAAAGGAAUCCGAAGUUUGGGGAAAGUCGCAUAUUUUCUGGCAAUAUUCCCUUACGUAGUAUUAAUUACGUUACUUAUAAGGUCAGUCACAUUGGAGGGAGCCGGAGAUGGCAUUAUAUUUUUCCUAAAACCUGAAUGGGAUAAGUUAUUAUAUAUUAAGGUAUGGAAGGAAGCUGUUGUGCAGUGUUUCUUUUCUUUGGCUCUUUGCUUUGGCCCGAUUGCGACAUUUUCAUCGCAUAACCGUUUUCGGUAUAAUGUUUACCGAGAUUCUAUGAUAGUAACCACUUUGGACACUUUUACGUCUUUAUUGGCUGGAAUUACUAUCUUCGGGAUUUUAGGAAACCUGGCGCUCAACUUAAAUGCUGACAACAUUAGUGAAGUAGUACGUAGUGGCACUGGAUUGGCCUUUAUAUCAUAUCCCGACGCUAUUGCCCAGUUUCAGUUUGUACCUCAGCUCUUUUCGGUGUUAUUCUUUUUCAUGCUCUUUGUCCUGGGAAUCGGAACCUUAGCAGCACUGCAAAGUACAGUCGUUACAAUUCUUUGCGAUCAGUUUAAGUUGAAAAAAUUCUGGUUGGUUUCGUUGGCUGUAACAAUAAUAGGAUUUGGCGUCGGCAUAACGUAUGUGACCCCGGGUGGACAAUGGAUUUUAAAUCUUGUGGACUAUUUUGCUGGAACUUUUAUUGUAUUCUCUCUCUCAGUUUUUGAAGUUAUCGGCAUUACUUGGUUCUAUGGGCUUCGCAACUUUUGUGAUGACGUGGAAUUCAUGACCAACCGUAAAGUAUCAAUUUACUGGCGCCUUUGUUGGGGUAUAAUAACUCCAAUACUUUUGGCGGUAAUAUUUAUUUAUUCCCUUGUGGUUAUGGAACCGUUAACUUAUGCAACAUGGUCAUAUCCUACUUCUGUUGAAAUUUCUGGUUGGGUGUUACUUGUGAUAGGCUUUCUCCAAUUUCCCCUAUGGGGUGUUUGGUAUUUAUCUACACACAAAGAUAUCUCUUUUGGAAAGACAAUCAAAAAGGGCGUAACACCUAGUCCAAAGUGGGGUCCGGCAGAUCCAAAGAUACACGCAGAAUGGCUACUGCACAAGCAGCGCUUGGGUUAUUUACGCGAAGAAGAGCGCACCAAAAAGGGACUGAGCAACUUUAGGCAGAACUUUUAUUACCUGCUCGGUAUUUCUAAGUAAGGUUAGACUAAGGUCAUAUGUAUUUUGAAUUUUUUCAUUCAUUCUAACUUAAAGAUAUACAUACAUACAAUACUUACGUAUGUAUUAUCGUCCAUAUAGUAGUUUGUAUGGGGAUCUAUUUUUAUGCUUUUGUCAAGUACUUUGUACAAAGAAGUCAUGUAUGCUUAAUCUCACCUAAUUAGAAUUUAACUACUGUGAAAUAAGUAAGUGGUUUUAAUUACGCAGUAGCAAUAAAAGUCAACUUGAAAGAAUUGCAGAACCGACAAAGCUGGUAAGUAAUCUUUAUAGUACUCAUAAAUUCAGAACUUUACGCAUGGUAAU